AGUCUGUGCUCGCUCCUCCAUAGCAGAAACAACACAGAGCGCCUCAGCUCGUUUGCUUCCAAACACUCAACAUUUGGGACUUUUUCCUCUCGAGCCUCCACAUUUCUGCCUCCCGGCCCGUUUCACUGGAUUUGCCUCCUGUCGACCGAGCAGUGCCGCUGCGCCCCUCCGGCUGUGGGUGGACGACGCAGGUAGGACGAGCCCAGCAGCUGCCGCGUCAGAUCCCCCACCACCUCAACUGGGAGAUCUACAGAGCUGAGAGGUGCCACUGACGGAACAACAGCCAGUCUGUGGGACUGACACCCCAAAUAUCCACCACCAUGGAUUGUGUCUACAUUGCAAUAGUGAAAUCCUGCUGACUCCUCACUUGCCACUCGCACAAGGCUGAACCGAGGCCUUCUGGGAUCCAGCAGCAUUUAAAGGCAUGCAGCAAUGCCUUGGACACCCCCUGCCCCAGGUUGCCUCCAGUCAUGGUAACUUUUUCACCAAAUUGCUGAAUGUGGCCAUUACAGACGGAGAAUAAAUCCAGCUUGUUCAUCUUCAUCUCUUCAAUAUACUUACCUGCUGCAAAAGUCUGCCCUCUUUUUGGUAUUUAGCAAGUACAUGCCACUGUCAACCAGAUGCCCUAAAUUAAUUUUAUUUUCAGUAGCAUUGCUAAGCCAUAUAAGGGGAUCUGAGUAUUGAACAUGACUCAUGGGGAGGAGCCUGGCACUGAGACACACAAGGAUUCAGCUGUUCUAACUUAUCUGGAAGGUUUACUGAUGCAUCCAGUGGUGGCCGGGCCUGGGGCCACGGCAGGCGAGAGGUCUGAGGCUGUCCACAGCAAUCAUGAGCAGGACAACAAGAUGGGCAGUUCCUUCCCACAAACAAACCAUGGCCCAGCAACACCCAAGGCUGGAACCAAUGGGCCCACACUAGGAUCCUCACAGCAUCUGAAGAAGGCUCGCUUGCUGCGCUCUGGAGCCUGGAAUGAUCCAGGGAACCAGCGGAUAAGUUCACCCCCAGUGGAACUGAACGUUCAAGGGGGUGGCCUACAAAAUGGAGCUCUUGAGGAAUCUCCUCAAGCAGGCGAGAGCACCCUUUUAGCUUCUCUGCUUCAGUCAUUCAGUUCACGACUUCAGAGUGUGGCAAUGUCUCAGCACUCUAACAAACCCACAAGUGAGUGUCCCUCUCCUUCCAAAGCUCCAGCAGCAGACAGAGAGCCUGUACCUGUGUAUGGGACAGCCUCAAGCCGCUUGAAAGGCCUAAUGAGGAAGAGCAAACUCCAAAAUCACAACAACACCCCUUAUAGUCGCCGGGGACACAGUCAGGACAGACCCCCAGAGUCCCCUCGAUCCGCACACAGUGCCACACCUCCUGCUGCUUCCACAACAGCUGAAUCGGUGUCCUGUGCAGAGCGUUUGAAGGCAGUGGCUAACAUGGUGAAAAUUCGUUCUAGCCCGGCACCCUCACCCAAACCCAGCGUGGCCUGCAGUCAGCUUGCUCUGCUGCUGUCCAGCGAAGCUCACCUCCAGCAGUACUCCAGAGAGCACGCACUCAAAGCCCAGCUCUCAGGAAGAUCUGCCAGCGAGAGACUAGCUGCCAUGGCAAUCCAGCAACAUGGCCAGGACAAAAGGCCACCAAGUGUGAGGGGGACUCCAGACACACUGAGUUCCUUAGUAACUCAAAAUGGAUUGACAACAACCACAGUAACAACAACACUCCCUCGAACAGCUGUAGCCAGUCCACAGAGUCCCUCUCUGCUGCGAGGCCACAGCCAAAGCUCCCCCACCACUCCCCUUCACGCUCCAAGCCAACCUCCCAGAGAGAAGCGAGGCUUUGACACUCGUCCAACUCGCCCACCACAAACGUGCAGCAGCUUGUUGCUGCUUCUGCUGAACAACCACAACAACCAGAAGCAGCUGACCAAGAAUGGCCACCUGGAGGAUAUUGGUGACCUUCUGCCUCAAAGCGGGUCUUCUUCUGUCACAUCAGACAGUGAAUCCUCCACCCAUGAGAGAAGCAUUACCAAGGACAACAGUGAUGCUGAGAGUUCUUACUCCAGCUGUUCCCCGAUUGACCUCUCUAUGCGAGGUUGUGUCAGUGUACAAGACACAAGGCCCAAAAAUACACCUCCUCCUUCCUUGUCUUCCACCUCCACUCUCUCUUUUUCUAUGACAGCAUUUUCUGCCGCCCCAGAGUUAUCUCUCAAAGCCAGUACUCAGUCCUCCACUACAUCUCUUUCACCUUCAUCUUUGACUGUCUCCUCUGCUUCCACUUCUACUGUUUCAUCAUCAUCUUCUUCCUUUUCGACCUCCUCCCUAGACAAGCUCACACAGUCUUUGCUAAACAAGUGGAAGCCAGAGCCAUCAAGAUCAAAUGUCUCAAUCAUCAAGGAUCCUGAAAUGAGCCCAGAUUUUAAACCCCAACCUAAGGUCACUCUCAUGCAGCUUCUUCUAGAGCGCAAAAAUAAUGACAUGGCUAAUAAAAGUGCUAGUAAACAGGAUUCACCACUUGAUGUAACUAUGGCCACCAUGUCCCGGAGUCAACAGAAGGGGCUGAUGUCUUGGGAAGAGAGCAGAACAAAAAGUCCAAUGGAAAGGCCUGUAGCCCCACCCCAGUCCCUCUAUUCUCUUAGUCAAGACCCAAGUGGUGCACUCUCCCCAUAUUCUUACCCCUCUCCCCAUGUCCAGUCCAGCCCACUUGAUCUGUGUAAGUCUAAAACCUUCCCUGCUGAGACGGCUUCAGAGCCAGCCUUUAGUGCUAGUAAACUGUUACAGAAUCUGGCUCAGUGUGGCACGACUUCUUCAUCCUCCCCACCCGUUCCCUCUGGCAAAGCACUGGGUCAGGAGCUUGAUGCCAACAGGCCCCUUGCUCUGUUGGAAAGGCUCAGUGUUCCAGUACACAGGACCACCACUACGCCACUGUCAGACGAAGCCUCCGGCAGUGGUACUCCUUUCAGUUACAAGGAAGCUUCUCCUCCUUCCUCACAGAUUGAGAACCUUCUUGAGAGGCGUACUGUGCUCCAACUCCUUCUAGGAACUGGGUCGGCUGGCACUACAUUCAACCGCAAAGAAAGGCCCAUUGAGAGUGACCGGAGAAGUACGGAAGUAGCUGGGGAUUGUUAUGAGAAAAGCCCCUCCACCUCUGUCCUCUGUGACAGCUCUAACGGGCCCCUUUUAGACGUAAAGAUAAAAUCAGAGGUCUUGGAAGAGCUGGGACCAUCUUCCAUCAAAUGUGAGGAUGUGAGCAGUAGAAAGAGACUGAGUGUCUGUGAGAAGAAAAGCCCGCUUUCCAACUUUCAGCAGGACUUAAAAACAGAACCACGGCCAGCAGAAGUCAUAGCUAAAUAUGGCCUCCUCAGCCAGCUGCUCAAACAACAGACUGCUACUUAUUACAGUAGCACUGCUACCCAGGUUGAAUCACAGUCCAUACAGGUUAAAGAGGAGCAAAGGGAUUAUCCAAGUCCCAGUGCUAAGAGGAGACGCCUCUGCCCUGAAUUAACCGAUGCUUUGACUGUCGGCUCUCCAAAAGCAGUGGACAGCGGGAGCACAAACACGUCUGCAUCUCCAACUGUUCAGGUGGAGCUUGAGCAGCCGGGUGGUCUGAAGGAAGAGGAGGUUCCUCCAAGUGAAACUCUCACCAGAGAGAGUCGUGGUUUCAAUGUGCUAAAGCAGCUGCUGCUCUCUGACAAUUGUCUAAAGGAGCUCUCCCAGCAGCAACAGAGGGCCCCGAGUCCAACAGUCCUGCAGGCCAAUGGCAAAGCCAAUGGAAACAUUUUCAGUCAGCCGACUCAUAAUCACAAUUUCCUCAAUCUUCCCAGCUGGCCCCCCCAUUGCUCCUUCAACUCAGGACUUCCAAAUCACCUAAGGUCACUGCCCACCCCUCCUACAGGUGACAGUCCCAUCCGCACUCCAUGGAUCCGCCAGCCAGCUCCGUGGCCUGUUGCUCAAAAACGUGAUCCCCCUAUGCUAGUCAAACAGGAGCCUCAGAGCCCUGUCCAAUGGAGCAGUCAGGAGAAUGAAGGUGAGGAGGAGGGUUGUGACUCGAACCCAGACUCUCCGCGGCUCUCGCGGUCCAACCCCAUCCUGUAUUACAUGUUGCAGAAGGGCAGUGUCCACCUGAGGAAGGAGGCCCACAGUCAGGCGGAAGGAGUCCAGCCUGUGGUCAGAGUCAAAGAGGAGCAGAUCAAUGACAUGCAGGGCUAUGAGCGCAGCCUGAGCUCCACCCCUCAAUCACCACAACACAAUGACAAGCACAGCCAUGAGGGCCAGGGGCUGAGCCAGUCAUCCCAGUAAACCAAGAUCUACCUUAUGAAGAAAUAUACAAAGCAGAAUCUAAAUUGUUUACUUUGUUUUUCCUUUUUGGGAUGACUUGUCAAAUUGGAUUAAUGGAAAAAAUGUGUAUUUUUUAUUUCUUUUGUAAAAACGAAAUAAAACCAUGUAUUUUAGAAAGUAAGGUCAUGAAAUGGUAAAAAAGUGGUCUGUUUUAGACUAAAAUGAUGAAACUUUCACACGUGCAGCCCCUGCCAUCUGUAAUUAUCCAAGUUCAUUUCUAUAUGUAGAAGUCCUCCUACACGCUCCUCAUUCUGUUUGACAGUUUAUUUUGUAAAUUGUACACAUCACUUUUCCUUGCGUCCUCUUUGUUACCUCUCAUAAAACAUUUAGAGAGAAAAUUUCAAGCAACAUUUAUUAUUGAUGACUCAAAAAAUGUUAGCACUCAGUUCAGUAGACAUUUUUCAUUUUCUCCAUCAGGACAUUUUCACAUCCACAGAGUCCCAUUAAUUUUAGAUAGGAUGCCAAAUAAAGCUGUUCCCGGGCAGUCACUGUGGUCUAUUACAACAAUGCACAUGAUCCAUAUGAUCCAUUCAUGCUUAGGAGGACCUUGAAAACAAAAAUUCACACUGAGGAUGCUUUGUCUUGCUUUUCUUUGAGCCUUAGGGCUGCGAGGAAGAAUCCAUCAGCGGAGAGUCGCUCGCUCUGUUUCGUUUUGUUUGUGCUGAACCUUUAAGGCGACAUUUGACGGUGCAAAUUCAGGGUGAUGCGUUUGCAGAUUGUGCACUUUUGGGCAGAUGGGUCAACAGAAAGCGUGUGGCUCCUAACAGUUUGCAUGCAAACAGGUUUCUAGAGCAACAUUUAAAAGGCUGCAUUGUCUGAGCAACUUAUCUCACCAUCCUAGUUUAAAAACACUUUUUGUGCAAACAAAUGUUUGGUGUGAUACAAAUGGCGCUUUUUUGUUCUAUAAAAGGACCACCUGGCAUUUGCACUAUCAAAACUGAGCCCAUGAUGUUUUUAUUUUUUCCUAUAACGAUUAAACGGCAUGUCACGGAAAAAAAAGUCAGUAUUGUUAUCUGAAGAGAAUGAUGGUUAGUUUGUUUUUU